CCUUUCACUGGUACACCUCAGAUAACUUGCAAAGAGCGAAAACCAUGGAUGUAUGAAGGAAAAAAACAUGACACACGUUUGCAUUUAAUGUCCAUUUUUUUAAGUGUGGUUCUACGAUUUGAACAAGUGGAUAAAUAAAAUGGCUGACACAUCCGACUCGGACAAACCGUCAGUUUCUAAUGUGGAAGAAAACAGAACUCGUCUCUGCGAUGAGUUUGCUGCUGUAGCGGGAACUGACAGCGCUGUGGCUCAGUGCUACCUGGCAGAAAAUGACUGGGAGAUGGAGAGAGCUUUGAACUCAUUCUUCGAGGCAGACAUGGAGAAAGUAUUUGAAGUAGAAGAUUCUCCAGAGAGAGAGACUGGACCCCCAACCAAGAAACAGAAGGUUGAAGAAAAACCUCGAGAUUGCAUAGAUUUGACUGAAGACAGUCCCGCAUCCACACGCAAACCCUCAGAGGAAGAUGACGACAAACUGUCACUGAUCUCCUGGAAUGUGGAUGGACUCGAUACAGACAACCUUGCAGAACGUGCCAGAGGCCUUUGUUCCUUCUUAGUCUUAUACACUCCUGAUGUGGUGUUCCUGCAGGAGCUCAUUCCACCUUAUGUCCAGUACUUGAAGAAACGGGCUGUCAGUUACUUGAUCAUUGAAGGUGGUGAAGACGGUUACUUCACUGGGAUGAUGCUGAAGAAGUCACGAGUCAAACUGGUGGAGAGCGAGAUAGUCACUUACCCCACCACUCAAAUGAUGAGGAAUCUGCUUGUAGCUCAGGUGAAUUUCAAAGGCCAGAAGUUGUGUCUGAUGACGUCCCACCUCGAAAGUUGUAGGGGCCACGCAGAAGAGCGGAUGAAGCAGCUGCGAGUGGUGAUGCAGAGGAUGAAGGACGCACCUGACGAUGUCACCGUCCUGUUCGGAGGGGACACAAACCUGAGGGACACAGAGGUGGCAAAGGUGGGCCUUCCCUCCAGUGUCUGUGAUGUCUGGGAGCGGCUGGGCAAGCAGGAGCACUGUCGCUACACAUGGGACACCAAAGCCAACAGCAACAAGACUGUUCCCUACGUCAGCCGCUGCCGCUUUGACCGCAUCUACCUCCGCCCGGCAACCAAGGAUGGAGUCCCACGUCAGGCCCCUGAUCACAUGGCCUUGGUGGGGCUGGAGAAGCUGGACUGUGGCCGCUACACUAGUGAUCACUGGGGGAUCUACUGUAGCUUCUCUGCCGGGUAGAGAGGCACAAAACAAGCUGAAAUACAAAACUUUUGUUUAGAUAAGCUGGUCUAGUUUGCUUUGUGUGUUUUACAGUGCCUGUAGAAACACCAGUGUUGGUUCCAGACCUCAAUAAUGCUUUCUCUGUGAAAGAUAAUGUUCUGACCUGAUCUAAAGGUUGGUUGCCUGUAAAUUUAUCAUCUUUAUUAGUUUUAUUCUCCAGUGUGUUCUGGAUGGAGUCUCUGCUCAAGCUUUUUUUUCUGCACAUAAGAAAAGAGAAAUAAAUAAAACCACCUAUAAAUGUUAAGAUACUGAAGUUGGCAAUGUUCUGAAAUUGAUUUUAUAGUGUUUUUGUUUGCAGUAAAAAACUUCUUCAAAAUAAAUACAGCUGUUAUAUUA